CCAAAGGCUGGUCCAGGAGUGGAGUAACCGCCCCCUCUAAGGGAGCCAGGUGGCUGCAGGGCUACACUGGGGAGGUGGCCUCUGCAGGACGUGGGUGAAAGGACAUCACUGGACAUCUACUGAUCCCAGCACCCACGUGUACUCAGUGCCACAUCUAGGCUUCUACAGGUCUGUGCCCCACAGUAUCCUUAGGUGGCCUAGCACUCUGUCUCAAGGAAAUAUGGCACGGGCUAGGAAAGAAGCAGGGGACAGCCAGCUGGUGUCUGGUAGGGAGCCGUCAUCACGUAUCAUCCGAGUGUCGGUCAAGACCCCACGGGACUGCCAGGAAUUUUUGCUGGCAGAAGAUAGUAGUGUUCGUCACUUUAAAAAGCAGAUCGCUGAACGCCGUCACUGUGACAUUGAUCGAUUGGUACUCAUCUUCACUGGAAAAAUCCUUAGGGAUCAAGAUAUACUGAGCCAGCGGGGCAUCCUGGAUGGCACUACAGUCCACUUGGUGGUGAGGACUCGUUUGAAAGGGUUAGCCAUCCCUGGAGCUAUGCCAGGCACCACAGGCCACAGCACCCAUCGUUCUGAACCACUAGCCUCCGAGGGGGCUUCGAUGCUCACUAGGCUUGGUCGGCUGGCCCGGAGCUCACCUGAUCUCGCUGACUUCUUUAGCCAGCUGACUCAACUCUUGAUGACUGCACCAGAGUGUGUGGUGCAGUUCUUGGAAGACCCUUUAAUUCAAAGUCUGGAAAAUGAGAAACAAGCAAACCACGUUCCUGGCAACCACGUUCCUGGCAACCACAUUCCUGGCAACCACGUUCCUGAAUCCUCAAGGCCAGUACAGAAACAUGACCCAGCUCUCAAGACUCUGGAAACCUUACAGAAGCGAGCCCAGCAGCAGGAGCUCCUGGAGGCAGGGAAACAGAGGCUGGAGGCCUUGAAGGCUGAGCCAGGUGGUGACAAUGCCAUGCAUCCAGUCUGCUCUGAUCUCCAGCAGCUCAUGCUCUCCACUCUGGCCCUAUUAGUUGUCUCUAAAGGCCACAUCUCAGGUUCAGAGUCUUGCAAAGGAGAAACCAAUGCUCAUGGCAAUUCUGAUACUCCCACCACCAUUCCUACUGCUUCUGUGCCUGCUAGGCCAUUGGAACAAGAGGUCAGUACAGGAGUGGUUACCCAGGUCAGGGGCAUGGCCUCAAAUCAGGCCAGUUCAGGGCAUAGGACUGGUAUUCAAGACAUACAUUCAGGCCAGGAGCCUCUUUCUCAGGAUAGCCAGCAGUUUAUAGAGAAAAAUUCUCUACCCAAUCAGCUGAGACCUUCACCCUCUAUUUUACGUGGACUCUUGUAUGCCCUACAGCAGAAUCCAAGUCUGCUACACCAGAUGACAACUGGCAGUCCCAUGCAUCAUCAGAUACCAAUACUUUCCAUUCUCACCAACCCUCGAGCACUUCAGGCACUGAUACAGAUAGAACAAGGCCUACAAAUACUGUCCAGGGAGGUGCCUGCACUAGGUCCAUUCUUACGGGACCCAGCUAGGCCACGUGGGGCUAGAGGAGUCGCAGAAAAUAGGGGUCAUAGAGAAAACUCUGUGCAACCCACCUUGGCCGUUCUUCAGUUCCUUCAUGAAUUGGUCCAUGCCUGUUCGCAGUCUACCCAGUCCUCAUUAUCCUCAUACCUUGCCACCGAAGGUCGCUACCAUCAAGAACUUGAGCAGCUGAAGGCCUUGGGUUUUGCUAAUCAUGACGCCAACCUGCAGGCCCUGAUGGCCACAGAUGGAGACAUCUACGCUGCCAUUGAGAGACUGCUAGGAAUGCCAUAGGCCCAGGACCUUCCAGCUGAUGCCCACACUGCACCACCCUAGAUAGAGGGAAGAAAAAGAGAGGGAAGGGGAGGGGGAGGGAAGUCACUUAUUUUGGGAAUUCCUCCUGCUUGUGUUGUGAGUAUAUUUGGACAGCUCUUGUCUCACUGCCCAAGCCUGUUUUACAUUAAAAAGAUUGCUUGGA